AUGGCUUCCGACGAUCUUGUAUGGAGUGUCAUCGGCACCGAUUUCUGCAGCUUCAAGCUCAAGACCACAAAAGACCAAGUUUUCUGUCGCAACGAGCACAACGUGUCUGGUUUCUGUUCGCGACAGUUCUGCCCUUUGGCCAACUCGAGAUAUGCGACCAUCCGGGCCGACCCAAAGACCCAGAACUUGUACCUGUACAUAAAAGAAGCAGAGCGGUCGCACCUUCCCUCAAAGUGGUGGGAGCGGAUAAAAUUGCCUGCAAACUACACGAAAGCCCUCGAGCUCGUCGAUUCCCACUUGCAGUACUUCCCGAAAGUGAUCCAACACAAGAACAAGCAACGCUUGACCAGGCUUACUCAGGUCAACCUCCGCAUUAAGAAGCUCGCGAAGGAAGAGGAACGUCUUGGAGAGAGGCUAGUGCCACGACUCGCUCCCAAGGUCCGUCGCAGGGAAGAAGGUCGAGAGCGCAAGGCACUCGCAGCCGCCAAGGUCGAGCGUGCCAUCGAGCGCGUUCUUAUCGACCGCCUGAGGAGUGGUGCGUACGGCGACCGCCCGCUCAACGUCGAGCCCAACGUAUGGAAGCGCGUCAUGAAGGGUCUGGAGAAGGAAGGCGCGCAGCGGGACGAAGACCUGGACGAUGGUAUCGAGGAUGAAGACGAGGUCGAGAACGAAUACGAGAUGGAGAACGGCGCGGCUGAAGUCGAAUAUGUGAGCGAUAUUGAGGGCGAGUCUGACGAUGAUCUCGAGGACUUCGAAGACUGGGUCGGCGGUGACAGUCCGGACGAGGCUUCCGACGAUGAUGAGAACGAUGAAGAUGAGGAGGGCAGUGCGAGCGACGACGAUGACGACGAGUCAGCAGACGACACAGAGGCACUCAAGAGGACCCUCGCGAAUCUCAAGCGAAAGCGACCCGCUGGCCCAGCGCCAAAGCCGAAGAAGAAGCCGGCCAAGGACGGAAAAGGCCCACGUCGCGAAAUCGAAUACGAGAUCGAGAGAGAGCCUGCCACACGGGAGUUGCUGCACGCAUAGACAUAAAGUGGGGCGUUUGUCGGCAUGUUCAUGGCGUUCGAUGCUUGUAGAAGUCGGAAUAUACCACGGGGGCUUUCUCAUACCUGGCCCAGUUUCUGUUGAUCUUGAGCAAUCAGAUACUGCAUGUAUCACUUGUUUGUUCUAUUUUGUGAUAGACCCAACAGCUCUUCAUAGCCGACUCUCAUCGUUUAUCGAUUCCUUGCUGGGUAUGCUCGCACAGUCGUUUUCAAAAUCGUCUACACUGCGAAUUCUGCCAAUUUACCGAGGAAAGCAAAUACUGGUCGACGAUACAUACGCAUUCGUACGAUUAUCUUAUUGUCUAUUUAGUGUUAUG